AUUGGGUCACAAUUAUGCAAACAUUUCAUAGUCAUUAACAUGGACUGUUUCUGAUAUGUACGACUAAUUUUUUCUUCUCCCCUGCUACUGCUGUGGCACUGCUCGCAUUCCCGGUGCUACCCCUCUGGAUCCUGGAGCAGCUAGCAUCUACCACACCGACAAUCAGAACACGCACAGUUCUUUCUAUGAAUAUUCCUGUUUCUUAAUGCUCUUGUUUUAUAAUCACCUGGUGUAGUUAUGCACUUAGGGGUGAAUUUGGAGAUCCUUAGCAGCCACGAUUCGGCAGGUCUCGUCUCUGGGUGCCGCAAUUCUUUUAGUUAAUUUAGAGUAUUUUUGUGGGCAUUCUGCAUUGGAGAAUCUAAAUUGCAUGUCGGAGAGUGGUGGUUGGGUUCUUGAAUCUGGUAAUAGUGUUCAGAACUUUCGUAGUUGGAUUUGUGGGUUUCUCGUAUCUGGGAGGGCUUGGUUUGUGCGUAGGGUUCGGAUUUUCUCUCCUGUGACGGAUAUGGCUGAAUGAAGAGUUCUUCUGAUGUUGUAGUGUUAGUCUAUUUUCGAGAAAAGAGAGGAUCAAUUGGAUGAGCUCUAGUUUAGCUGCGCUGCAGCGGCUCAAAGCUGGUGUGCAAAGCUUUUGGUGUUGUUUGAAAAGCUAAUUAAGGACUCUGUGCUCUUGAUCAAUCGAGAGUUUUUAAAAUGUCGCUCAACAUGAAGUCGUUUACCCAAGCCCUCGCGAAGGCCUCUGCCGUUAUUGAGAAGACGGUGUCUAGCACCGUGCACGAAGUGACUGGACCCAAGGCGAUGCAGGAUUACGAGUUGUUGGAGCAGAUAGGAUCCGGAGGUCCAGAUUUAGUUUGGAGGCUGUAUGUGGGAAGGCCGCGGAACAAAGUCACUCAGAUGCACAAUCCUGAAGUAUGUGUUUGGGUUCUGGACAAGAAGGCUCUUACAGACCUCAGGCAACGAGUCGGUAUAUCUAGAGCAGCGGAGGAGGCAUUUUUGGAUUUGGUACGGCAAGAUGCCGCGCAAUUGAUGCGCUUGAGGCAUCCAGGAGUAAUACGUGUAAUACAAGCUUUGGAUGAAAGCAAGACAACAAUGGCCAUGGUUACUGAACCAAUCUUCGCUUCUUUAGCCAAUAUAUUGGGGCGAUUUGACAACAUCACAAAAGCGCCCAAUGAAUUGAAAGACCUGGAGCUAGGUCAGCUCGAGGUUAAACAUGGUUUGUUGCAGCUUACUGAGACUUUGGGAUUUCUUCACAACAAUGCACGUCUUCUUCACCGAGCCAUCGGACCAGAGUCUGUUUACCUUACAUCCAGUGGAGCAUGGAAGCUAGCUGGGUUUGGGUUUUCCAUCAGCCUAGAUCAGAGUGGAGUUGAUCCAACUGAUGGUCCCGCUUUUCAUUUCCCGGAUUAUGAUGUGGAUGAUGUAGUUUUACCGUUGCAACCACCACUCGAUUAUACAGCGCCCGAGUUGACACGGAAAGGAGCUGGUGGGCCUGAUGCAUCGACAGACAUCUUUAGCCUUGCUUUGCUUACAUAUCAUCUACUGUCUCAUCAGGCACUUCUACAGUGCAGGAAUAAUCUCCAAACGUAUACAAACAAGGCCUCAUACCUUCCAAACGAAAGCUUCACGAAUAUUCCGUCAGAUGUUUCUGAAGAUUUGAAACGGAUGCUCAGUUCGGAUGCGCGUUCCAGGCCUACCGCUCAUGACUUUACUACUUCUCCUUUCUUCCGGGACGAUACACAGCUGCGUGCGUUGCGUUUCUUGGAUCACAUGCUGGAAAGAGACAAUAUGCAAAAAACUCAGUUCUUGAAAGCUAUGGCAGAUAUGUGGACCAGUUUUGAUGCCCGUGUGCUGCGUUACAAGGUGCUACCACCAUUAUGUGCGGAGCUUCGCAAUGAAGUGAUGCUGCCCAUGGUGCUUCCCAUGGUGCUCACUUUAGCGGACUCGCAGGAGAUGGUGGAUUUCCAAUCUGCCACACUUCCAGCAUUGUUGCCUGUUCUUGGAACUGCCACUGGAGAUGCUUUACUUUUGCUGAUUAAGCAUGCUAGCCUCCUCAUUAAUAAGGCAGGACCAGAUGCCUUGACAGCCAAUGUGGUACCCAUGAUUGUCCGUGCUUUUGAAGAUCCUGAUGCUCGAAUGCAAGAGGAAGUCCUUAAGCGCACCUUGUCGCUUACAAAGCAGCUUGAUUUCACAGUUCUGAGACAAUCAAUUUUACCUCGCGUUCAUGGUCUGGCUCUCAAGACUACAAUGGCAGCUGUGCGAGUGAAUGCGUUGUUGUGCUUAGGCGAGGUUGUUCCACGUCUCGACAAAGUGGCCAUACAUGAAAUUCUGCAGACUCUGCAGCGUUGCACUGCUGUCGACCAUUCUGCUCCCACUCUAAUGUGUUCACUGGGAGUUGCAUCUGCCAUUCAUAAACAGAUGGGUGUGGAGUAUGCUGCAGAACAUCUACUUCCACUUCUUUGCCCUCUGCUCACUGCACAGCAGCUAAACCUUCAGCAAUUUGCAAAAUACAUGCAUUUUGUGAAAGAGGUUCUCAGGAAAAUAGAGGAGAAACGAGGUGUUGUGGUCAACGAGGUGGAGCCAGUUUCCCUUGACAUGAAGACGAUGGCCCUUGGCGGUCCUGCGAAACCCAACGUGAAGGCAACAGGAAACGGGACAGACAACAGUUCAUGGGACGCUGACUGGGCUGCACCUAAGAAGACAUCCACCAGAACGGCACUCGACACUAACGAUUUAUUCCCUGAAAAUGCUUCCCCUGCAGCUCCAAGUGUGGCGUCAGCUCCACAAACUCAGCCUUCCAUGCAACAGCCUUUUCUGUCAUUUGAAUGGCCUCCGCCAGCAUCUACUCCUAAUAUUUCAACCACGACUUCGAGCGUUUCCAAUGCUGGUGCAAUGAGUACAGUCUUCGGCAACACAAAUCCUAAUUCUUCAAAGAAACUUCCAUUCGUCAGCAAACACUCAAACCAGUGAGGAGAAUGAUCCAUUUUCUAAUUGGCCACCACGAGCAUCUUCAAAUCCGAGCAAUAUAUCUAACCAGUCCAGUUGGAAUAGUGGAUCUAUUUCCUCAAAAAAUCAAAGUCUCAGCAACCUUAAGAUAGCAACGGGGAGUUCAAACUCUAUCUUGAAUGCGAAUGAUUGGACUAUGCGAAUGAUUGGACUAUUGGAUAGGUAUUGAUUAGUUUGCUUAUUUACGACUGCGCUAGUUGCCAUCACUGUAGUCACGGGUGUGUGACUAUCUAUUGCGUUAGACCAUUCUUUGUUUGUAGUAAUCAUUCUUUCACAGGUCUAACCAUUAGCAGAGUUUUUUUUAUUUUUUAUAACUUGGAAUGUCUUCUAGGUGGUGACUAAAAUCACAGAGUACGGUGAUUUACAUUGUGACUCUCAAGUAUGCUUCACUACCUGCGCAGGUUCAAACGCUCGAAACCAAAGUUAACGAAAGCAAAGAAUCUUAGUUCAUUGUUUUAACUCCGCACCAUUUACAUAUCAAGUCACAGCGGGCUUUCAAAGAGUUGGUGGUCAACAAAUUGUAGUGACUGUGGAUUUGUUCCCAUGCUACGAACAUCCAGUGGUCUAUGCAAGGUGACAGAAUUCGAACAUGUGCUCUUACAAAUGAGGAAAAUAUAAUCUCACGCGGAUCGACUGGAUGAAGUGUUGUGGUUACUUUCUGUGGCAUGUUCAGCAUGGAAAUGGGCGCACCUUGUCGUGUGAACCUCUCUGCUGCACAACACAAUCUGAUAAUGGAGCAAAGUACAGCAAUGUUUUCAGCACUGGCAACACAUCAACAUUACGCAUCAUUGGAGCAGUUUCAUAAACAACCCAGCCAGUAAAUCACUCUUUAGAAUUACUCUAGAGAAACUACACUGGGUACUCAUGACAUCCAACUUGGAGACAAAGGCUCUAGUAAUUCAUGCAGAAGUGAUGAAACUACACGAGAGGUCUGUAACCAAGACUCUCUGCGCAUGCGAUGGGAUGUAACAGCGUUAUCAAUAUUUACAUGGAGACAAGUCAAAAGCUUCAACCGUU